AUGAAAAAAAAUUGUGCAGGUCGUAGUGUAUCUAAACAUACUCUUGAAAAUGUUAGAAAAAUUGCAUAUACCAAGCAAAUCGCAUUUAGCCAGAAUGGUGAAUGUCUCUCUACCUCAUAUUUUAAUAACUAUUCAAAUCUAUUAUGGAAAUGUGUUAAAGGACAUAUAUGGCAUGCAACACUUAAUACUAUUAAAGAUCAAAGUACCUGGUAUCCAUUCUACCCUAAAUACAAAAGAGAAAAAUUAUGUCAUGAAAUUUUAACAAAAUACCUUGGCUCUCCUUCACUAAUCCGUAGGCCUGAUUUCUUAAAGACACAAGAAUAUCCAAAUGGAGUAGAACUCGAUAUUCCCUAUUAUGAAUAUGGCUUUACUAUCGAACAAGCACAGGAUCAACUUGAGAAGGAAUUAUGCGAAAAGAAUUUGAUUGCCCUAAGUAAUUUCAUGCUCAGCCUAACCAAAAUGAGAAAAAUGGAGUAUUAUAUAUACCAUCUUAACGAGACCAAAAAUUCAAAGAAUAUGAAUCACUCUGCAAGUCCCGCAUUUCCUUUUCAUUUGUUAAUUUGCGGUGGAUCAGAUAGUGAAAAAACCAAUAUUAUUCUUAAUCUUCUUCUUGGUAAUAAAAUUCAACAUUUAUACAAGGAGAAGAAAGGUGAGCGAUAUGUCAAAAAUGAUGAUCUAGUAUUAAUCGGAAAGGCGGAUGCAAUUCCAGACGUAACUAAAUUUUCUUCAGACAGGAAUACGGUUGUAGUCUUCAAGGAUUUUUGUGUUGAAUCAAAAAAAAUUCAGGAUCGGAUUGUUCCAUAUUUUAUUAGUGGUCGACAUCAGGAUGAUCCAACAAAAGCAUCCAAGAUAAUUGACAAACAUUUGCGAGAUCAGAAUUUUGUAGCCUUUGAUUUUACUAAAGCAAAUGAUGAUUCUCUCGCAAUUAAAUUAGGUUGGGACACACCCUUAAAAUUGGAUUAG